AGACAGAUUCAGUCAAUACUUCGAUACUGUUAUGAAGCUAGCAUGAGUAGCGCAGAAGACAGCGGGAGCAAGUGCUCGUCGGGCCCAAUUUCCAGCUUUACCAUCCAGUCUAUUUUAGGGACGCCGUCCGACGCGCCACGCUCCGGAACCAAAGAGCUCUCCAAGGGGCCGGCGCCUCCGCCGAGGAGGCGCUCACUGUCGGUGUCCUCCGAGGAGGAGUGCAGCGGCGGGGAGGACUCAGCAGACUGCUUCUGCUCCGACACGGGUCACAGCGAGCCAUGCACCCAGCACCAAACCCAUAAUUUCUCCUGUUUAGGUCCAGCUAAAGGACUUCUGUCUGGAAAUGACGGGCUCGCACGGCGGCCGCACCUGCCUCAGCCUCUGCUGCAGGAUUAUAAGGAGGAGCGGGAGAGACCGUGCCAUCAAAUGUCACCUCUGUCGGAGGAGAGACAGACAGACGGUGCGGACAAGCAGGGCAACUCAGCCAAGAAGAAGACGCGCACGGUUUUCUCCCGCAGUCAGGUGUACCAGCUGGAGUCCACCUUCGACAUGAAGCGGUACCUGAGCAGCUCGGAGCGGGCCUGCUUAGCCUCCAGCCUGCAGCUGACGGAGACUCAGGUCAAGACGUGGUUUCAGAACAGGAGGAACAAAUGGAAACGGCAGCUAUCAGCAGAACUGGAGGCGGCCAACAUGGCCCACGCCUCCGCACAGACACUAGUGGGGAUGCCGCUGGUUUUCAGAGAUAAUUCCUUACUGCGUGUUCCAGUUCCCCGGUCUAUCGCCUUUCCGACGCCCCUGUACUACCCGGGGAGCAACCUGCCAGCGUUACCUUUAUACAACCUGUAUAACAAGAUUGAGUACUGAUUGACUCUAUUGUAUGUUCACCACUGCGGUCCACGUAAAAACACACAUUACAAUACAACAUUCUCAUAAGUGUCUCCACAUAACCGCUGUAUAUUAAUUGUAUCACUUUAUUUGUUGAGGAAAUUCUUAUUAUGCAGCAACUGUACGUCUCGCAAGAAAGCAAUCAAGCUUCCCUACGUGUAUAAAUACACCAUGUGUAUAAUUAAUUGUAAUAAUUUUUGUACUUUUUAUUUUAUUUUCCAUCUACAACCUUGACUUAUAAAAAUA